AUUCAAUAAGAAAUGAAUGUGAAAUAAUAAAUUAUUUUAUUGGUCUUUGUCAAGGAAAUAUGGUUUUAUUUAAUAAUAUAAAUAAAUUAAAUGAAAAAUGUCUUCAUUUAUAUGUUGAAUUAUCAUCAAUACUUUAUCAAACAAUAUUAAAAAAGACAAAAUCAUUUGAAUAUAUAUCAAUAACAUAUUCAUUAGGUGAUUAUAAUGAAAUAAAUUUAUUUUCAACAAUUUAUCCAAAAACAAUUGAAAAUUUAUCAUUAUUAAAAAGUGAUAUUGUUAUUAAUAAUCGUCUUGUAAGUUU